CGCUGGUCAGCAGGCGAUGAUGUUACCAUCAAGGUGCUAUAUUGCGGGAUUUGUCACUCUGAUCUGCACACCAUCAAGGCUGACUGGAGGAACGACAUCUACACAGUCGUCCCCGGGUAAAGUUGAGAUUUCUGGGCUGCUGGGAGACGCACACAUUUUUUUUUCUAUAUACUGUUGUAGCCAAUAGUUAUAUGGAUGGUCGAAAGAUUACACACUGUUACGAUAUAAACCUUGGGCUGAAGUAUAAGGACGUAGUAACCAUGUAAUGUCCAUGUUAAAAUAAACCUGAGUCGUUAGCUUUGCUCUCUACUAGGUACUAACACACAAUAUGACCUAAUGUAGGCAGUUCUUAUGUGUCUGCAAAGAUCAUUGUCCAAUUCAGCUCUGCAACAUAGCAUCUUGGGUGUGUUGCUUAUAUAUGGUUGCAGCAAUGAACUUUAGAACACUACAAUUUUCCAUGCUUCCUAUCUUAACUUUCGUAAUGUAUAACAAUGUCACCUUAAUUUAAUAUUUCCUAGUCAAGGUAGAGAGCAAGUUUACAAAGUUAUAAGAAAAUGCCGGGGAUGGUCACAAGUCAUCGCCACGGAGCACCGAAAAUGAAAACCACGAGCAACAGAAGGGAAGCAAAAACACAAAAACCACCUGAACAGCUAUGACAAGAUUUUUUCCCUUGUUUUCUUGAGGAAAGAGUUUUGUUGUGACUUACUGUCAGCUCAUUCCAAGAAAUAUACUUUACCUUGAUAUUCCAAAGGUAAAAAAAGGGAAGAAUUUUGGCAAGUACACACACACCCCUUUGCCUGUGCAAAGCGUCGAGCACCUGGCUGGCUUUCGAACCAGAAACGGAAGGAGCCUCGUGCUGAUGGAAGGAGCCCCGCUUGGGCGUGGCACACGAUCUCAAGCAACUCUUCAGAACAAGUACAUCCUCCCGACACCGAUCAGUUCUUUGCAUAUCUCCAUGGAGUGCGAGAACCUCAACCUGUGCGUGGCGCGGGCCGAUCCUCUGAACUGGGGAAAGGCCGCAGAGGAGCUGUCUGGUAGCCAUUUGGAUGCUGUCAAGCGGAUGGUCGAGGAGUACCGUAGGCCGGUGGUGACCAUGGAGGGAACCAGCCUGACCAUCGCCAUGGUUGCCGCGGUAGCUGCCGGCGCCGAGACCAAGGUGGAGCUCGACGAGUCAGCCCGCAGACAGGUCAAGGAGAGCAGCGACUGGGUCAUGAACAGCAUGGCUGACGGCACCGACAGCUAUGGUGUCACCACCGGCUUCGGCGCAACCUCCCACCGGAGGACCAAGGAGGGCGGCGCUCUCCAGAGAGAGCUCAUCAGGUUUCUGAACGCCGGAGCCUUCGGGAAUGGGAGAGAUGGCCAUGUUCUGCCAGCUGCGGCAACAAGAGCGGCGAUGCUCGUCCGUGUCAACACCCUGCUCCAGGGGUACUCUGGUAUCCGCUUCGAGAUCCUAGAGACAAUCACCACACUUCUCAACGCCAAUGUGACACCGUGUCUACCGCUCCGGGGCACCAUCACCGCGUCAGGCGAUCUUGUCCCGCUUUCCUAUAUCGCGGGGCUAGUUACUGGUCGCUCAAACUCAGUGGCGACGGCUCCGGACGGCAGGAAGCUUAACGCGGCUGAGGCAUUCAAGAUUGCCGGCAUCCAGAAUGGAUUCUUUGAGCUGCAGCCCAAAGAAGGUCUUGCAAUGGUGAACGGCACGGCCGUGGGCUCUGGUCUUGCCUCUAUAGUGCUCUUCGAGGCAAACAUCCUUGGUGUCCUUGCCGAGGUUCUGUCAGCCCUCUUCUGCGAGGUCAUGAACGGCAAGCCAGAAUACACUGACCACCUCACACACAAGCUGAAGCACCAUCCUGGCCAGAUCGAGGCUGCAGCAAUUAUGGAGCACAUCCUUGAAGGCAGUUCCUAUAUGAUGCUCGCAAAGAAGAUCGGAGAGCUUGACCCACUAAUGAAGCCAAAGCAAGAUAGGUAUGCUCUCCGUACAUCUCCACAAUGGCUUGGCCCUCAGAUUGAGGCUAUCCGUGCCGCCACCAAGUCGAUUGAGCGCGAGAUCAACUCCGUGAAUGACAACCCACUUAUCGACGUCUCCCGUGGCAAGGCUUUCCACGGCGGAAACUUCCAAGGCACGCCCAUCGGUGUCUCCAUGGACAACACCAGGCUUGCCAUCUCUGCCAUUGGGAAGCUCAUGUUUGCCCAGUUUUCAGAGCUAGUGAAUGAUUUCUACAACAAUGGUUUGCCUUCCAAUCUCUCUGGCGGACGCAACCCAAGCUUGGACUAUGGCUUCAAGGGUGCUGAGAUUGCCAUGGCCUCCUAUUGCUCUGAGCUCCAAUUCUUGGGCAACCCUGUGACUAACCAUGUGCAGAGCGCGGAGCAACACAACCAAGAUGUCAACUCCCUUGGUCUCAUUUCUUCUAGGAAGACCGCUGAGGCCAUUGACAUUUUGAAGCUCAUGUCCUCGACAUUCUUGGUUGCUUUGUGCCAAGCUGUCGACCUCCGCCACCUCGAGGAGAAUGUCAAGAAUGCCGUAAAGAACCGUGUGAAGACGGUGGCUACGAAGAUCCUGAGCACCAUUGACAACGGCCAUCUCCACAACGCACGCUUCUGCGAGAAGGACCUGCUCCUGACGAUCGACAGAGAGGCUGUGUUCACGUAUGCUGAUGACCCAUGCAGCGCCAACUACCCACUGAUGCAGAAGAUGCGUGCAGUUCUGGUGGAGCACGCCUUGGCCAAUGGUGAGGCUGAGCGGGAUAUGCAGACCUCAGUGUUUGCCAAGCUCACCACAUUCGAGAAGGAACUCCGUGCAGUGCUUCCAAGGGAUGUCGAGUCUGCACGGUGUGUGGUGGAGAAUGGCACUGCUGCACAACCAAACCGCAUCACCGAAUGCCGGUCAUACCCGCUCUAUCGCUUUGUGCGCAAGGAGCUCGGAACGGAGUACUUGACCGGAGAGAAGACACGGUCUCCAGGUGAAGAGGUGGACAAGGUUUUCGUUGCCAUGAACCAGGGCAAACACAUAGACGCGCUUCUUGAGUGCCUCAAGGAGUGGAAUGGUGAGCCCCUUCCAAUCCGAUGAAGAAAGGUUCAAGAAAUUCAAGAGAAGAUAGUGUGCUCCAGAAUUCAGAGGGCUUAACUGAUCUUUUCAGCAAUACAUAGAUUGUUUAUUCCUCUGAAUAUUCAUAAAUCUAUGUAUGUAGCUAAAGCGCACUUUAUAGACUCCUAUGCGCCAUGUGAAGUUCAUAUGCGUGCUCUGAAUUAAUAAUAAGCUUUGGUACAAAGACACCAGUUCUUUCUUGGUA